GCCAACGCCACGCCGUUGCCACGGCAAUUAAAAGUCCUUUGCAGGGCCAAACAUGUCAGAAGUAUCGUGGUAAACAAAAUAAAACUGAUGUCAGUCCAACAGUAAAAUGGGAAUGUUGCACAAUUUGGCCGAUUUGAUAAAGAUUAAAAAGGAUAAAAUGACGAUUUUAGUGCUGGGCCUAAACAACAGUGGAAAGUCGUCGAUAAUCAAUCAUUUCAAAAAGUCCAGUGAACAGACUUCAAUCGUUGUGCCCACAGUUGGCUUCAUGGUGGAGCAGUUUUAUAGCAUGUCCGGUGUAUCAAUAAAGGCAAUUGACAUGUCGGGGGCCACACGAUACAGGAACCUGUGGGAGCACCAGUUUAAGAACUGCCAUGGCAUUAUAUACGUCAUUGAUUCCAGCGAUCGCAUGAGAUUCGUGGUGGUCAAAGAUGAGUUGGAUCUGGUGCUAAAGCAUCCCGAUUUGUGCAAUCGAAUUGUGCCAAUUUUAUUCUAUGGAAAUAAAUCGGACAUGGAGGAUUCACUUUCCAGUGUGAAGAUUGCAGCAGCAUUAAGAUUGGAGAACAUUAAGGAGAAACCCUGGCACAUCUGCUCCACAAAUGCUAUAUCCGGUGAAGGUCUUGGCGAGGGUGUUCAAUGGCUUAUACAGCAAAUGAGAUUCGCCAUGCUUAGCAACAAGGACGCUGCGAAAUCCAGAUCGAAACACUGCAAAUAGAUCUGAAAUAUCAUGCACUUUUCUUGAUGUUCAAUAAAAAGCCAUGUUUUUGAAAAAGAGUA